UCACACACAAAGUGAGAUAGCAAAGAAAACACAGAGCACUAUCUACCUACCUGGAAUGUACUCAUACAGCGACUGAAGCGUUCCAAGUUCUGACUGAACUAAUGGACAAGUAAGACAUAAAAAGUUUCUUCUCAUCCAUCACCAUGAGCACCAAGUGGUCCCUCCUGCGGCUGCUGGCCAUGGUCAUCAUGCUCAUAGGUCUAACUCAAAGCUUCCAACCACUCUCUAUACUUAACGGGAAGUCCACCUCGCACCGUGAAAUCACCAUAAGGGCAAUUCUCCGAAAGACAGCCGAGGUCUGUCGAGACAUUGCUGCUGCAGCGGGACAGGAAUUCAGUCUGACUAUUGAUGACAGUCUAACAGCGGAACGAGUGCACAAGGAAUGCUCCUCCUCAACAAACUCCUCAAUCCUGUCAAGUAUCUUUUUUUCUGCUUCCAUUGUAUCGAUUUACUUGAACAAUGCAAAUGUGGAUUUAGCGUAUGCACUCAGUGGCGAGCAUCAUUUUGAUAACGAGGCCUUCCAGAAAGGACGAGACUUGAUCACACAAGGUAUGUCUGCUGUGAAGGCUAGCAUCAAACAGGCAAAUUUUAUCGCAGGCCGUAAAACACUUGGACAACUAUGUCACACUCUGCAGGACUUCUAUAGCCACAGCAACUGGGUAGAACUGGGGAACACGGAUCCUUACAAUGCUCUAAUCAAACCUGACCAACCUUUUGAGAAUCUGGCAGGGCCAGAUGAGCCCACGUGUAGAAACUGUGCAGGAGAGAAUUGUGACAACAACCUUUUGCCUAAUGUGCUGAAAAAGAGGCUACUCACCUCUGGCUACUUCAGUGUCUUCUUCUCGAAAAAGCCAAAAGGCAAAUGCAGCCAUGGAGGUUUUUUAGACCAGACGAGCAAGCAGGAGCCAGUGGGGGGCAUUAAUAAGGAUGACAUUGGAUCCAGUCAUGGCUCACGUCACAGUCAAGCAGCCAAUUUGGCUGUGACUGCUACUAUGGAUCUGCUGGAGGACAUCAGACUAGCUGUAGGAGACGAGAACUUCCUUCGGCUUAUGGGUCUCUCCCAGUUCUCCGUGCUGAGUUUUGUUAUCGACACAACAGGCAAUACGAGAGACGGCUUAGCCCAAGCUAAGACACUUAUUUUAAACAUUAUCGACAGCAGGAGAGGAACUCUGCAGGAGCCACCAGCCUACACAUUGGUUGAUUUCAAUGAUCCAGGGAUGCAGGGUUUUGGACCCGUGAUAGCAACAGCAGAUGCAGACAGGUUCAAAGAAAAGAUCAACGCCCUGAUUGCCGAUGGAGGAGGUGACAACCCAGAGAUGAACUUGUCUAGACUGCAGCUUGCCCUGACUGCGGCUCCGCCUUCAUCUGAGAUAUUUGUCUUCACUAAUACUCUAGCAAAAGAUGCACACUUGAAAAACACAAUUUCUGCCCUUAUUGAGACCACAAAGUCAGUAGUGACUUUCCUGCUGACAGAUGUCCUACCCCAUAAACGCAAAAGAAGCCUUAGGGAUGUAUUGCCUCGAGUUUUGAGCCAAACAGAUGUUCAGCUCUACCAUAACCUGGCACAAGCUUCUGGAGGUCAGGCCAUUAAGGUCAGCAGGUCAGAUUUUGCUCUGGCCACAAGUGUUAUAAAGGACUCUUCGGACAGUGCUACGGUGAUAGUUUUUCAAGGAGUGAGAAAUCCCGGAAGGCCUGCUCAUUUUAUGUUUGAUGUUGACGGCUCACUGACAAACAAAACUAUCUACGUCACAGGGACCUCAUCUCUCGACUUUAAUCUCAUCAGCCCAACAGGUGUAUCUCAGAGCUCCAGUGAGUUAAGUGGCCCACUGGCUUCUUUGAGCAUGGCAGGUAACCUACGGCGACUGAGUCUGAACAAUGACACUGAAACAGGACUGUGGCGAAUCUCUGUAGACUCUAAUGACCCCUACUCAGUUAAGGUCACAGGUCAAAGCCCAGUUAAUUUCAUCUACAACCUUGUUGAAGCCAAUAAAGGACUCCAUGCAGACGUUUUUCUAAAGGAAGGACGUCCUCUUGCAGGUGAUAAUGCCACCCUGUUGGUCACAGUGACAGGAAGUGACAGUACACAUGUCACAGAGGUCACACUGUGUGACACCUCAAGCCCAACAGAGGUCAACGGAACAUUCCAGUCCUUAGGAGGUUCCAACUUCUUGGUGACAUUUAUUGAACCUCCAAGGGGUAAUUUUGUUGUUCGACUGAGAGGAGAAGACAGCAGAUUAUCCUCAAGGUCAACUGCAAGAUGGUUCCUGAGGCAGGCCUCCACUCAGAUUAGAACUUCAAGCAUCUAUGUGACUGCUCAAGCCAACAGCACCAAAAUAGAAGCAGGCUCUACCACCUCCAUCCGUUUCAAUGUCACCACUGCCAGUGGAAUUGGGGCAUUCAUGGUCCGUGCCACCAAUGACCGCGGCUAUAACACCACAUCACCCAACUCUGUCACCUUAGAAACGCAUAGCGGAGGGAACGCCAACGGCAUUGUGACCCUCACUGCUCCUGAAGGUGCAGCAUCAGGAACAGAAGUGACACUUAAGAUUGAGGUGGAAGACGCAGCUGCCACUGAUAUCAACUAUGUUUUUCUUAGGUUUUCAGUUACUGAUAAGGUAAGAGAAAAGCAAUAAAGGUGAUUUAAGAGUCUGA